CUAGAAAAAAUAUUAGUAUCCAAUAUUUGUCUUAAAGUUCAGCCUUUUAACAAUCUUAGUAAUUCUACUCAACAAUGUCAUAUGCUAACAAUAGCUAAAUAUGUAUUUGAUCAAGUUGAAAUCUGUAAAGAAAAUAUUUUUCAUAAAGAUGAUAAAGUAGAAAUUAAGCAAACUCGAUUUACUAUAAAUGAUAAGUCAUUU